AUGAAACAUUUUGUACUAACAAUUACUACGCUACCGAAAAGUCCAAUCGGUUGUUGUCUCGUAGGGCAAGCGCCUAAAUGCCUAUCUUCUUUUUUGCCUUGGCGCUGUAACUGCUUGACCGCCUUCGCCGCCGAUUCUCUUUUGUUACUUUUGUUGCUGCUGUCAUGCUUGACCGCCUUCGCCGCCGAUUCUCUUUUGUUACUUUUGUUGCUGCUGUCAUGCUUGGUCGCCUUCGCCGCCGAUUCUCUUUUGUUACUUUUGUUGCUGCUAUCAUGCUUGACCGCCUUCGCCGCCGAUUCUCUUUUGUCACCUUUGUGGCUGCUAUCAUGCUUGACCACCUUCGCCGCCGAUUCUCUUUUGUUACUUUUGUUGCUGCUAUCAUGCUUGACCGCCUUCGCCGACGAUUCUCUUUUGUUACUUUUGUUCCUGCUAUCAUGCUUGACCGCCUUCGCCGCCGAUUCUCUUUUGUCACUUUUGUUGCUGCUAUCAUGCUUGACCGCCUUCGCCGCCGAUUCUCUUUUGUUACUUUUGUUGCUGCUGUCAUGCUUGGUCGCCUUCGCCGCCGAUUCUCUUUUGUUACUUUUGUUACUUUCAUGUGGCCUUCGCCGCCGAUUCUCUUUUGACCGCCUAUGCGACCACCUUCGCCGCCGAUUCUCUUUUGUUACUUUUUGUUGCUGCUAUCAUGCUUGA